GGAUGACAAAACAAACGGCACACUCAGGUGGGAUCAUCAAGUUAUACUUGGCCUACUACACUGGAAUAACGGGCCAUCCCAUGUUAUUCCACCCUUGGUGCGCCAUCUGUUCUGAUAUCUCCUAGCAUGUCCCGUUUCUCAGUUAGUCUUUUACCUGCCUACAAGGAGGCGUUGCGAUACACGUCGACUAAUAUUUGCCGCUUCUCGCAACCACAAGGACUACAUCCAUACAUUUUCACGUCAUCCAGCAGCAAUACCUCAGCAUCAAUAUAAACUGCAGAUUACUAGUAUCGACUACGAGACCGCCAACAUGUCGUACAAAAUCGCCGGCCCCGACGAGUAUCUCGCCGUCACCGGCAUGGGAGUUAAGUUGGUUCGCAUCACCAAAGCGGCCUGGGUGUGGCCGUUCCAGCGAUGCACCCGGUUUUCCGUCCAGCCGUCUGAUUAUGGCAUGAAUUUGCAAGCAAUGACAAAGGAGAAGCUUCAGUUCUUGUUGCCAGUCGUCUUCACUAUCGGUCCUGAUGUCAAUGCCCGUGGAGCGAAUGGCAUCGCUCAAAGUGCUCGGCCAGGGAGUUCGCCCCAAGAUCUACUCUAUGCCGAGGACCGCGGCGAUGCCUUGAUGAAGUACGCCAUGCUUCUCGCCGAGUCUAGUGAGAAGGCCAAGAAAGGCGCACACGGUCUUGAGCAGAUUGUCAAAGGCAUCAUCGAAGGAGAGACCCGAGUCCUUGUGUCGUCCAUGACAAUGGAGGAGAUCUUCACUGAGCGCGAGGAGUUUAAGCGUCGGAUUUUCAGAAACAUCCAGGGCGAGUUGGACCAGUUUGGUCUCAAGAUCUACAACGCAAACGUCAAGGAACUCAAGGAUGCGGUUGGCAGUACUUACUUUCAAUCUCUGUCUCAGAAGGCGCAUGAGGGUGCCACCAAUCAAGCGAGAAUCGAUGUGGCCGAUGCGCAACUGAAAGGUAAUGUCGGCGAGGCAGAACGACAUGGCACGCAGGAGCAGGAAGUCGCGCGUAUCAAUGCCGAAACCGCAGUAAAGAAGACCCAGAGAGACAUUGAGCGCGAGCGAGCCCAGGCUAGUCUUGAAACGCAAAAGACUCAACUGAACAGGGAAGUCGAGGUUGCGAGAAUUGAAGCCUCGAGAGCAACUCAGGCCAGGGACGAGGACCUUAAGAAAGAGGUUGAAGUGAAGCGUGCAGGGGCUGAACUCGAGCGUCUUCGUGCCACCGAUCUCGUGAAGGCCACUAUCCAGAGAGAAUCUAAGCAGCAAGCCGCCGAUGCCAAGGCAUACGAAGUGGAGAUCGAGGCUAAGGCUAACCUCGAGAAAUCCAACAAGUCUACCGAUGCCGCCGCUUACAAGACCAAAACGGAUGCUGAAGCGUGGUCGCAAGCUGCCAUCAUAAAUGCCAACGCAAGUUUGCAGAAGAAGCUCAAGGAAGCCGAGGGUAUGAUGGCACAGGCCAAGGCGCUAGCCAAGAUGAGCCAAGCACUCGGAGGCCCCGCAGGUCUAUUGCAGUACAUGAUGAUCGAGAAGGGCACGUACAUCGAGCUUGCUAAGGCAAAUGCUGAGGCUAUUCGUGGCCUGCAGCCCAAGAUCAGCGUGUGGAACACUGGGGCUGAGGCUGGUGGUGCCAAUAGCACCGUUGACGGCACGGCUACCAUGCGCAAUGUGUACCAGAUGCUGCCACCGCUGAUGACAACUAUUAAUGAGCAGACUGGUAUUACUCUCCCUGAGUGGCAAUUCGGUCGCUUAGCGGGCGAGAUGUCCAACGGCGGCGGGAAGAACGUCGACAUGGCUAAUGGCCAGAAGUAAAUGCCGCCAUUUAUUGUGAAAAGAGGCAGUGGGAGGCUCACUGCAGAACCACCCACCGGACGCACAGCAAAUUUACGGGCAUAUUGCUUUUUACCCUCGGUGUGCCAUCAUUUUCGAUUUCCUUUGUAUUUAGGGGCUCAUAAAUUUGGCCUCUUCGCCCUCUUUUGCAUGGCCAGCGUUGGAUGAGACGACGCAGACGUGGAUGGGGCGUUACGUUGAGUUUCCGCACUUGAUAUCCCGCAUUUAUGGUAGUUACAUGCACAAACGCAGUCUCCUUUGCUUCCU